CACCUCCUUAUGUACAGAUUGGAGUAACUGCUGCUCCUCAUCUUGUUCUUCGUCACUGGUGGUGGAGUCUGAGUCAAAGAAUGAUGUAGUCCGUCCAUGUGCUGCUGGUGAGACUGGGGAGUCCUGUGCUGUGCUGUGCUGUCUGCUCCAUGUUUACUUGCAGUGAGCUGUCUCACUUGCUGUUUGGCUGCAAGUGCCAUGGUUUGUACUGCGCUUUGGACUUUGACUACUUCCUCAGCAGCCAAGAACUUCAGUUUUCGAAACCUGGGAUCCAAAGCAGCAGCAAGGAGGGUGAUGUUUGGAGAUCCAGAAAUAUGGGUAAACGAUACUUCUGCGACUAUUGUGAGCGCUCCUUUCAAGACAACAUGCAUAACAGAAAAAAGCAUGUUUACGGCGUGCAGCAUCAGCGAGCCAAAAAAGCCUGGUUUGAUCAUUUCAGAGGCUCUGAAGAUAUUUUAAAAGACGAGCAGGCAAAAAGACCCUGCCGGAAAUUCCUUCAAACAGGAAUUUGUGAUUUCGGCACCAGUUGCAGGUUUUCUCACAUGUCGGAGGCAGAUAUGUACCAUUUACGGAAAAAAGUGCAAGAUGAAAAACAACGACUGGAGGGUUCCGAGGACCCGAACGCGCCGGAGCCCAACGUGGACGUCUGGCUGUCCAACAGGGCAAAGCGAAGAAGCGGCCAGACCGGCAAAAGUGCGGAAGCCGAACGGGAAGAGGACCGAAUGCCGUUUGACGUCCCUCCGCAGAUAUUCUCCAUUCCUGACCUACCGCGCUCCCUGGUGCCGCCUCCUCCAGGCAGCUGGAAAGUCAAUAGUGACACUGAAUGGGGAUGAUCAAUGGAAAAACUAAAUAGAGUGUACUAGAUUUAACAUUGCAGGAAGGGUGUGAUGGUGAUACUGUAUAUCGCGACACUGUAGCCAAAAAGGUUAUCGAAAUGCUCCCGCCAAGAAUCAAUAUAUUGUUUUUAAAAGGUGUCACAGUAAAAAAAAAAAAGAAUAAAAUAAAGAAUAAAAAAUUUGCGACCAAAACCUCAAAUUAAGAUAAUGAGAAUCUUAUUGGUAUAUUUUAUAUAUGGCGAAAAACACUCAGGUGACUUGAAGUUCCGCUCUGAGACCCCCAAUUUGGCCAAAUUUGAAAAUUGUCCAAUA